ACCCAGAUACAUGAUUUGUUGUACUUUUCCUAUCAAGGUCAAGUUUUGAUGAUUUUACUUUACGUAAUCGCUACCGUAUAUAACAUGUCAGAAUUUUAUAAUAACUCGCCAGUAUUAAUAAUGCUAUUAAUCUCAAUGCAUUCCGAUAUAUUGAAGAUGGUUCUAAUGCAUGUGCGAUAUUCUUUGUUUAAUCAGAUAUUUAGUGUAAAAGCAUAAUACUAUGAGAGGUGUAUUGGUAAAUGAUUUACCAAAGUAUUUGGUGCUCACAAUCUGGCUCGGACUCAAUGGAUUCAUGUUCGCAUAUUAUUAUCAAAUGUAUGAUACCGGUAUUAAUUUCUACUACACAAGAGUUUUGCUUGGACCCGGUUUGGCUGUAGCCCGAGGAUCUGCUGCCUGCUUGAAUUUCAAUUGUAUGCUGAUAUUGCUUCCCGUCUGUCGAAAUAUGUUAUCCUUAAUUCGAGGAUGGUGUGUGUGUUGUCCACGAAGAAUGAGACGAGUUCUUGACAAAAAUAUCACAUUUCACAGACUGUGUGCAUACAUGAUUGUCAUAAUGACAAUGGUUCAUUACUAUUCGCAUUCAUUCAACGUUCAAUUUUACUCUACCGCAUACAAUGUUCAGCUAGGUUCUAAACCAAACAGUGCAUUGAUUGUGAAACUUGCGACAUUGGGAGACGGAACAAACGAAACCUAUCUCGAUCCAAUACGAAAACCCACCUAUCCUAUUGGAUCUGUGUUUCUACUUACAGGAGGCUGGACUGGUGUUAUUAUAACUACCGCUUUGUUUUUCAUGGUGGCAUCUUCGACUGAGUUCAUUCGUCGUUCAUAUUUUGAGGUAUUUUGGUUCACACACCAUUUGUUCAUUAUAUUUUUUGGAUUUCUUGUUGUUCAUGGUAUUGGAAGACAAGUUAGAGGUCAAACAAAUGUUAACGAACACGACCCAGUCUACUGCAGUGGAAUCGAUAUAGAUGAUUGGCCCAGUGACACAAAAUGUUCAACCACGCCACAGUUUGCUGGAAAUCCACCAGGGACGUGGAAGUGGGUAAUUGGACCCAUGGCAUUAUAUGCCUUUGAAAGAGUGUUACGAUUUGCGAGGUUUCUUCAGAUGGUAGAAGUUCUGAAAGUUGUUAAGCAUCCAUCAAGAGUUAUUGAAUUACAAAUGCGAAAGAAAAAUUUUAAAGCGGAAGUGGGGCAGUAUGUCUUCAUACAAUGCCCACAAUUAUCUUUUCUGGAGUGGCAUCCCUUUACGCUUACUUCUGCUCCAGAGGAAAAAUAUUUUAGUGUUCACAUACGUAUUGCUGGUGACUGGACUGCUGAUCUCAGCAAAGCUGUCGGGGCGGAUGUGAAUGAUCAGGAGGUUCAACCUGCUUGGAAAAUGCCACGAAUUGCUGUGGAUGGCCCGUUCGGGACUGCGAGUGAGGACGUAUUCGAGUAUGACAUCGCUUUAUGUGUUGGUGCUGGAAUCGGUGUGACACCGUUUGCUUCGAUGCUAAAAUCUGUGUUUUAUAAGAAUUUGGACAACAGUGAUUCGUUGAGGUUAAAAAAGGUGUAUUUCUUUUGGAUAUGUCCUGAUACCCAUGCUUUUGAGUGGUUUGGAGACAUGCUAAAACAUCUAGAAAAUCAACUUUUAGAGAGUGGCAAACAAGACCUGAUAGACUAUAACAUAUAUCUUACUCGAGGAUGGACUGUUGGUCAGGGAAAAGAAAUAUUCAUUCACGAUGAGGAUCAACAUGAUGUAAUUACUGGACUUAGACAAAAAACUCAGUUUGGCAGGCCGAACUGGGAUGAAAUUUUCACAAAAAUUGCAAACACUCAUUCGGGCAGUGAAGUGGGCGUAUUUUUCUGUGGUGCUCCUGCUUUAUCAACAAUUUUACACAAAAAAUGCAAUACACAUUCAUCAGCUAAAGUCACUUUUCAUUAUAAUAAAGAGAAUUUUUAAUAUAAUAGCAAUGCACACUCUCUAUUUGAAGAAUGGAGGCACGGAAACGUUAAAUGACAUGUGGUGACUUCAAGGUGCACAACUAACGAACAGAACAAAGCGCAAACAUUCGUGAGGGUAUAAUAAACAAAUCAACGCAAUAAUUUUAAUAUCAGCUGUUUUACAUUUACCCUAAUAACAAUGGCAUUCAUAUGGAGAUGUGUACGAUAUAAUUGACAAACCCUUAUUACUUCUUUUACGAGACUACCUAUCUAUAUUAUUACAUUGGGUCCAAGGAUGGGCCCAUGCUAAUUAAUUCGUAACUGUGGAUAUCAUAUACCCGACUCUAUAGCAUUAUCCGCCAUAGCAUCGCGCGACUAUAAAGUAGCAGCUGAGUAAACUGUUAGCUUGUUGUGAAUGGAUGGAUAAAGUACCUUGCGCGCUUGCAAUGAGAGUCAGCACAAUACUCUUCUGUUACAUUAUUAAUAUUUAUCAAUAUUUUUAACCAGUUACAUUACGUUCAUACUUUCGGUGAAAGGUAGGCAACGAUAGUCUGCUUUUCAAUUUUUUAACACUUUAAUCAAUUAAUGCUCCCAUCUGAUUUUUUCAUUUUAUUUUACUUAUGUUGGUUUUUGAACUUAAUUUCUUUUAUUCUUCACUAUUUGCAAUGUUUUUUUUUCAUGCGAAAUCAUUUGUGCUAAAUAUCAAUACCACUUGAAAAUUUCGGCUUUUCUUUGUCAGUGUGUCAUGCACAAUUUCAUCAGUAGUGUAACAAUACCUGAGAAAUGCAUUAUUCUUUUGUUACUGACUGAUCCACUAACAUUGUUUGCAGCUGUACCCAUAGGCAACUCUAUAAAUAUUACAAAAAGAAAUCUUGGCAUAUAAACCACAUUUGCCUCAUACAUCCUUUUUUUAGGCUUUCAUAUUGGAAACCUUUCUUUUUUAUGGAAAUUUGGUAUGAUUCAUGAUAUGCGAAUAUCUAAUAAUAAAUUGACUUUGAAGUGGAUAAAAUGACUCAGUUGAACUAAAAAUAGGAAAUCACCAUGGUAGAGAGGCACCUCUCCGUCAGAUUAAGAUCAAAUAAUUCAGCAGACUCAGUAAAAUCAAUUCAGCUUCAAAUUUUUCGGAGAUGAUUUCAAAGUUGUCGAACAUAUUGAAAAAUUGUUUCUCAUAAUAUAAAAGUUCAGUUGAUAAGUACUGUUGAAAAUAAAAAUAUUUCCAACAUAUAUACAAAACUGAUAUUGGAAAUAGGUAUUACAUACCAGUGUGAAAUUAUUAUACAUUUAUUUACGUAUUAUCAUAUUUAGAUAUAGUUGGACUGAUUUUAGGGUAACUAUUUUAAUAUUUAUUUUAAUCUGAUUUCUUUAUUUAUUACGUGACACUAUACCACAAAUAUAUUUUAUAACGUUAUAUUAAUUAGCAUUAAUUGAUAUGUUGACACCCAUGAAAUGUUUCAUAUUAUCAGGACGUGAGUUAAAAUGUCAACUAUAUAUCAAUGCAUGCUGAUUUUUAUAUAAUUAUGACUAUAAUGUCAAUUUGUCAACCUUUUAUAAUUCUUUUUUAUUUCUUUGAUUAGCCUUCCUGACGUAAAUGUAAUCAGAUAAUAAAAUUUGCAGUAAGCAUUAUAAC